AUGCUUGGUAUUCAAAAUAGAUAUGCUGUCGUAAAGUUAUUUGAACCAUUUGGCAAGAUUACCUUUUUGGAUUACAUGUUCCAUUGGAGUGGACCCAAAAAGGGACAGCCGCGAGGUUACUGUUUUCUUGAAUAUGAAAAGAAAGAGGAAGCAUUAAAAGCCAUGAGUGCGUUGCACGGACGAAUUGUGAAAGGACGACCUCUUGUGGUUUCAUUUGCCCACAUGGUAAGGACAGGUUUUAAAAGAGAAUAUGAUUAUGAUUACAGUUUAUUUAUUUAUUUCGAUCUAGACAAAUCAAGAGGAUAG